AAACGCUACCAACAAGUCGACGCCGGCCCAGUCUGGAUUCCCGCCGUAGACAAUCCCACACCCCUUCUCCCUCACAUCACGAUACCAGGAACUCAAUAAUCUCGCUGAAUCGGGGCAGACAAUAUCAGUGAGCACUUCUCUUCAAGCGGUCAUCGAAGGGCUCGUCUCCACCAGCCAGUAAUACUCGCUCCAUCGGCACCGGCACAUACUUAUUCAAGUAGCUCGUCCUUCAGCGAUGGAUCUGUCGAGGCCGCUGUGGUCAUCCCAGCCCUUCAAGGCAAUCUACACGACAUAUUUCCUCCUCAAAACACCAGCCCAACUGCUGCUGCUCGCUAUUGCGUAUACCGCGAAGCCGUUCCGGCCCCAGCCGGCAUGGGGCGUCAAGGACAACGUGCAGGCCGCCAUGGCGAGGCUGCUCUUCAGCUUCUGGGCCGCGACACGGUCCCAGCGCCCCGUCUACGACGCGCCGGAGAAGGCACGGGAGAGACACGCCCGCGUCGGGCCGCCACCAGCCGACCUGUUCACCGGCGUGCUGGCACCUUCCGAACGCGCCAGGCCGGCCGCCGUCGACGCGGUCUGGUUCCCCGGCGCGCCCCCGGCCGACAUGGCGGGGCAGGAGGUCGUGCUGCACUUCCCGGGCGGCGCCUUCGUGCUCGCCUUCGGCCACGAGAGGUCGGGGCGGCCGAUCGCCGGCGUGCUGAACAGGCACUUCCGGGCUGACAGGACCGUCUGGGCGCAGUAUCGCCUGUCUGGGACCCCUGGGGCGUGCUUCCCCGCCGCGGUCCAGGAUGCCGUGGCUUUCUACCACUACCUCCUCUCGCUCGGGGCUGACCCUGGGAACAUCAUCGUCUCGGGUGACUCGGCUGGCGGCAACGUCGCCCUCGCCCUCGCCCGGUAUGUCCAGGACAACCGCGCCAGGCUCCCGCUGCCAAGGGGGUUCGCCGUCUUCUCCCCGUGGGUGAGCGUGACGGCGACGGCAGGGAGUGACUAUGACCAGCAGGACAACUCCCGAUCCGACGUGCUCCACAGCUCUGUCCUGCAGUGGGGUGCCAAUGUGUACCGGCCGCAGGGCCGUCUGUCGCCAGAGGAAGAAGCUCUCAUCUCGCCCCUGCACCGUCCGUUUGAGCUGUCAGCCCCUCUCUAUGUCCAAGCAGGCGGCGCCGAGGGGAUGUGCGACCAGAUCAGCAGCUUCGCGGAGGAGAUGGCGCUGGUCAGGGGGAACCGAGUGCUCUUCCGCUCGACACCCGGGGCACCACACAACCUUCCGUUUUGCCAUGAGCAAUUCGGCCUUUCCAAGGAGCUCGAAGAGUCUCUCGAUGAGGCAUUUGAGUUUUUCGAGUGGAAAAAUUAGAGCUGGAAAAGAAAUUCGCGGCACUGCACCUGUGCCGGCUCUUUGGUUAUAGGCUUGAUGUGAAGG